CCCCAAAGCAGGCGAGACUUCAAACGCCCCUACCGCUUCCUUAAUAAGGAAUAUAAAGAGGACAAACCGAUUUCCGACGUGGCUCUUAUCUGGAAGUUCAUUAACAGCAUCGACAACCCUGGUCUGUCGAGACAUAUCCAGGAGUCGCUGGCCGCUAGGCUCCCUAAGUAUGUGUACACGAGAAAGGAGACGCGGAGAAGUCACCAGCACAACAUCACCAUAUCGCGCAAACUCUCAUGGGAUGAAUUCGAAAAGGCUCUUGCUUAA